CAAGCUCUCUGAUGAGACAGACCUCGAUAUCCUCAAUCACAGCAUGGAAGCUAUGGUCGACCGCUUCCAAAAUGAGCUUCUUCCCGCGGCCUCUCAACUCACCGCACGUCUGUGUGAAUCUUACUUACGCCUUGCGAAAGAAGGCCUGGCGCAGCAAAACGAAGCGGUUCCGGACCACCUCGAUGUGGACUCGCUGGUUUCGAACGGCGAAGAUGAUAAAGUAUCCGGCGCUAUGGGCGUCGCUAAGACUAUUGGGAUUGUUGUUUCGUGCAUCGACUCCUCGCCUGAAAUUCUUUCACAAGUGCAAGAGGUAAUCAUACCCAUCAUCCGGUUCACCCUUGAGAAUAAGUUGGUCGAUUUGUUCGAUAAUACGCACGACCUCGUAGACGCCCUUACCUUCCGUCUUCACGCUAUAUCUCUGAAUAUGUGGCCGGUGUUCGAGUUGACGUAUGAUGUCUUCAAAAGCGAUGCUGUUGAUUUCCUUGAUGAAAUACCUCCGUCGUUGAACAACUUUGUGUCGUAUGGUACAGAGGUGUUGAAGGCCCGCCCCGACUACAGGCAGAAGGUGCUCGACAUAUACCGCACGGCUAUGACGAGCCCACAGCUGGGGGACAACGACAAGAUCAACGGGUGUAAGCUAGCAGAGUCGAUGCUCCUCAACUUGCACGGCCAUUUUGACGAUCUCAUGCAAGACAUUAUCGCAAUUGCCGCUGAUCACAUCGACAAAGGCGAGACUGCUUCCUUCCAGCUUGCUAACCUCGAAGCUCUCAUCAACGCCGUGCUUUACAAUGCCUCUGCUGCGUUACACUUUAUGGAGGCUUACAAGCCUGGACUUGCACGCGUGUUCUUCAAUCGCUGGUUCGCAGCUAUCAACACCGAUAAUAAGCUCCCUCGCGUGCACGACAAGAAACUGAGCAUUUUGGCGCUGUGUAAGUUGUUGGAGAUGGAGGCUGGUGCGAUUCCGGAGGGGUUGAGGGAUGGGUGGCCUGGGAUUGUGGGUGGUGCUUUGAAUAUCUUCAAGACGCUGCCUCAGGCUGUUGCGAAGCGUGAAGCUUUGGAGGACCAGCUUGUUGAAGGGGAUGAUGAUAAUGACGAUGAUGACGAGACGAGGUAUCUGAAUCUCGAGGGAGAGGAAGAUGAGGACGUCUGGGACGAAGAUUCCGCGUAUCUCGAGAUCUUAGCAAAAGAGGGUGCUCGUAUGAGAGAAAAAUCCGAGAAAGCAGAAACCGGGGACGAUGAGUCAGAUACAUCUGAAGAAUCGGAGAUCGAAGAAGAACUUGGGUUUUUCAGUUUGCUGGACACGAUCAACCCGUAUGUCACGUUUAAGUAG